AAAAAUAAAUGAAUAUGUCAUUUACAGUUAUGGCGUAGGAGUUUUGAUUUUCUUAUAUUUUUUUGAAAUAUCUUUUUACACAUACACAUUUUACAUUUAUCUUUUUUAUAUUUACAUAUUUUAUUUUAUAUAUCAUUUUAGAUAUUUUACGUUACAUGUAUUUAGAUAAAUAAGCAUUUUGAAAAACAUGGCGAGCUUUUCACUCCGUCUACUGACCAUAUUCUUACUAGCGGCACUCGUCCUCAACAUUUCAAAUUAUUUCUUUAUAAAAAGGUACAACCCUCGACCGGGCUUAUUACGAUACGUCUACACCAAUUUCCCAAGCAAUGUUAGCGAAAAUCAAAUUCGUCGCUCCCUCAACCCAAGGUUCUGGUCUAUAGCAGCGGGAUGCGAUAGCGAGGUCACCACCGCAAGCAGCCCAAAACUCAACGCUUAUGACUCAGAAAAGUUAGAUAUCAGCUCGAGUGUGCCCCCUAGUUCUGUGUAUUCUGUUAUUUUCGAAAAAACUUCGCAAUCUGCUACUGAACCGACGUUGCAGAACUGUCCAGAAAUGCCUCCUGGUCUUGGUCCCGAACUGAGUCGAUCACAUGAUGUUAAAAGCUUUAUUGAAGACAGAAUUAAUAAUGUGCUACCAGGUGGUAUCUACCAGCCGGAAAACUGCAAGUCUUUGCAAAGUGUGGCUGUUAUUAUAGCUUACAGAGGCUGCAAAAGCUACCUCAAUGUGUUUAUGAACGUUUUACACCCGUUCCUAAUUAAACAACAACUGGAUUACCGAGUAUUUGUGGUCGAACAAAGUAACAAAACCCAGCCGUUUAACAGGGGAAAGCUAAUAAACGUGGGAUUCGCUGAAGCGAUGCGGUAUCGUAAGGAUGGAUACCAAUGCAUCAUACUCCAUGACCCUUACAUCAUUCCCACGGAUACCAGAAACCUGUACAGAUGCAGCUGGUAUCCCAGGCAGCUUGCUGCUCUCAUUGAAAGGCCGCAGAAACCUUCAUAUAUGCCAGUAAUUGGAGGCGCAGUUGCAAUAACUCCACAGCAAUUUAUUAAAUUUAAUGGAUUUUCAAAUGCCUACUGGGGUAAUGAUGCAGACUAUUACGAUUUGUAUUACAGGAUGAAUACAUCAAACUAUUACGUUGAAACUAGUAUCCCGCUUGUUGGUAAAUACAAGACUUUACGAAAAGGCCUAGCUUUGUGGCAGAAGUCUACUAUACUGUCAUCAGAAUACUUACUGGAUGGACUAACAUCUUUAAAAUAUACAGUAGAUAGUAUGGAGCUGAAACGUUUAUUUACAUAUUUACAAGUAAACAUCGAUGCUGGGACUAAAAGUAGUACAGACAUUACCAAAGAAUAUGAUAAACGUCUUAAUUUAAGCACAAUUAAAGUAUCAUCGAUGAAGUAAUGUAAUUAGAAUGUAAAUAAACGAAUUGCCUAUAAA